AUGGUACUACUCACGGCCAUCAUUCUUGGCAUCGCCGGCCUCUGCCAGGCCGACAUACGCUGGAGCGGGGACACCAUCUCAGUUCCUGGUCGCAUCAAGAACCCCAAGGCGCUCGCGGCAGCCAGCCACAGACCUGUCCCCCGACCCACCCGUUGCAUAUCCGUCAACGGAGGCUGUUGCGCCUCGAGCAAGCCCGUCUGCCAGCCCCACGGCUGCUGCGCGACAGGCACGACCGAGUGCGCCAACGACUCGACCACCUGCAAAAAACCAGGCGAGACGUGCUGCGGCAACGGCUCCGUCUGCCCCGCCACCAAGCCCGUCUGCUCCGGCGGCCUGUGCUGUCCCAAAGACACGACCCUGUGCCUCAACGACCCGACCGUGUGCAAGGAGCUGGACGAGCAGUGCUGCGGUGGCGGGAGCCUGUGUCCCGUCUGGGCGUCGUGCUGUGGUACGGGCGCUUGCUGCGAUUCGACAAACCCCGAGAUUAGCCAGUGCUGUAAGGGAUCGUCUCCUGACAAGGAUACGUGCUGUGGCGAGUAUGAAGUCUGCUGCGACGGGUGGUGCUGCCCGGAGUCUUCGACGUGCAGUUCCACCCCUGGAUACUGCAAUGUGCCCGUUCUUGAGUUUGGAUACGCGCCCAACAACAUCAUCUCCGACCUGGUCGAGAACACUUGUCUCGGAAUACGGCGGCAGAUCGCGCUAGGACGUCCGGAAACGACGCCCAAUCAGCAAAUCUUGACAUACUACGGGCCAGGCUCUCCCAACCGCGAGCUAUCAGACUGCAGGAGCUCACGUGGAUGCUGCACCGGCCGGACAGUUCCAGCAGGCGAACCGGGGGCGGGCGACAAGGCCACCUGCGACGAGUACCCGUUCAACUCGGCCAUCGAGGGCGGAGCAGAUGCGCACGUUGCCUGUGUGAAUGAACACGCCAACAGCGCCGGGGGUGAUCUUAUCGGGCAGAUGGUUUCCGGCAAGCACCGGGGCUUCAAGUAUGCUUUGAGGGUCACGGGCAUCGACUGCACGACUGUCCAGGAGUCUGACGUCCACGGCUGCAAUCCGGCAUGGGAAGGGGAUCUUGCCAUGCUGGCUAUAACAGCCAUGAUGACAAGCCGAUUCCAAUUGUGUGAGUGCCAAGGUAAGUUACAACUCCCAAGAAUCCCAGCGACACAAACAUCUAUAAUGGCAAGACUCUCGCUAUCCUGUGGGCUCGUCGGGCGCCUGCGCAGACGCAAACGGCCAGCCAAGAAUGCAGCGUCGCCCGCGGCGCCCGUUCGAGUUCCCCCAACAUUCGAAACACUACCAGCCGAACUGCGAUGCCUGAUCCUCGAAUCCAUCGAGGAGCUUGAGGACCUGAAGGCACUGAUAUUUGCAUCACCUGUUUACCAUGCGCAGUAUCUGUACCGCCGCAAAUGGUUUCUCCGCCGCAUACUCGAGAACACCCUUGGAAACGGCAACGUCCUCGCAGAUGCAUACGCCGCCCAUGCAUCUGGCUUGCUGCACAAGAAUGCCCCUGGACCUGAAUCGUCCGCCGAUUCUGAAACCUUCCGCCUCUUCAUGGCGCAGUAUGUCGCCCAUCGUUCGGUCCCCCCCCGGCAGCUGUGGGCCCAAACCACCACCACAGAAGGGGAUCUCGCCGAGAUGGCAGCUCUCUAUCUCGGCGUAGCGCGCCCGCUCCUACAGCCGUGCGCGACCAUGUUCUUAUCCCACCUCCGCUCAUCCUUCCCCGUCGGCCCACUUUCUCGGCCGGAGCGCACGCGUCUCCUCCGCGCACUGUACCGCUACCAGACGUACUGCAACCUGUUCGGCAUGGGCCCCACGGGGGAGAUCAAGACAUUCACCCUUCCUAAAGAAGACCGGCUGAUGGAGUUUUUUUGCCGGUUCCGGCCGUGGGAGAUCCAGGAAAUCGAAUGCAUAUAUAUUCUUUUUCGGAACAAAUAUGAGGCCUUGUUCGAUGUCAUCAAGGAUGACGUCGCCAAAGAUCAUCCGCGAUUCCAGGGAUCGGAUAGGCCGUGGGCGCCUGUGGGGUCCUUCGACCUUGCUUCAAUUUACCAACGCCAGCUCCUGCGCGAGGGCACCGCAUCCCGCGGCCUGCAGCCCUUCCUCCAAGUCCUGCAAGCCACCGAGCACGAAGCGCUCGUCGCAGCCAUGCAGCAGCACCUGAGCUCGCACACCGACUUCAUGGAAGACGCCAUGUCCUGGUUGACGCAGAGCCGGCGGCGAGAGCUCUACCCGCUGCCCGAGGACGAAGCGCAGCGGCGGCGCGACCCCAUGCCCUUCCUAGGCGACCGCGAGGGCGAGGGCGCCGACGCCCCGCCGCUCGCCUGGGUCAUCAUGUGGCGCGGCCAGUACAAGAACGAGUUUGGCCGGUCCGUCAAGGACCGGUUCAAGGAGUGGGGCCUCCCCAUCCUCCGUGGUUUCCACCCCACCACCGGCGCCCCCGUCCUCCAAGACCCCCCCAACACCCCCAUCACCCUCCGCCACCUCCUCACCCACACCGUCGGCCUGGCCUACGACCUCGCCGACCCCGACCUAACGAAAUGGUCCGCCUGGAUCGGCCGCACCGACACCAAUCUCCACCACACCCUCGCCGGCUGGACCACCCCGCUCAAAUUCACCCCCGGCCACGGCUGGCAGUACGGCACCGCCAUCGAGUGGGCCGGCCAGCUGGUCGAGCGCGUCACGGGCCGCACUCUCGGCGCGUACCUGGAGGAAACCGUCCUCCGCCCGCUGGGCUUGGCCGAUACCACCUUCCACUCGGCCUCGAAGCCGGAUCAUGAUAAGGCGGGGUGUACAAGGCGGGAUCCUGUGACGGGGUUGCUGGAGAUGUGUCCGCUGCCGGUGCCGCUGGAACCGCCGGUGGAGAGUGCAGGUGCGGGGUUAUGGACCACGGCGCGGGACCAUGCGCGGAUGUUGAGGGCGUUGUUGGCGAUUUCGGAGGGGGGUGAGGAGGGUGGGGUGUUGAGGAGGGAGACGGUGGAUGAGAUGUUUCGUCCGCAGCUGGAUGAGGUGCAGCGGGCGGCGCUGCAGGAUACGGUGAGUCGUCAGCAUGAUAUGAUGGUGCCGGAGUUUCCGCGGGGGAUGGUGGUGCAGCAUGGGAUUGGGGGGCUGAUGAACGUGGAAGAUGUGCCUGGGAAGAGGAGGGCGGGGAGUAUGCAGUGGGUGGGCAUGGCGAACUCACACUGGUGGAUCGAUCGAACGACGGGCAUUGCGGCGACGCUCAUUGUGAAUGUGGACCCGUUUCCGGAUGGUGUUGUUAUUAAGCUGUACGACGAGCUUGAAAAGGCUGUGUAUGGGGAGUUGUUGGCGAAGCUGCGGAGAUAG